UUCCUAUGAAUUUUCAUUUUCAUUAUUUUGUUUGAGCUCAUUGCUUCACCUCUGAAAAUCAGAAACCACACCCUUCGCCGCCGCCUACCACCAUCGUAGAUUCCAUUCCGCCGCUAGCUACCGGACGCCGCCUUAUCUCCAAUUCUUACUCCCUAUCAGAUUUUUCUCGAACUCUUAACGAGGCGACGCGACCAACUGAUUACCACCGUCUGUGCGUAAAAUCAAUCCGUUUCCUCAUCGUGGAAUAAUGGGCAGACAAGGUUCUCAGCUAAAAAUCAAUCCAAAGAAAUUCGGGAACCUUCAGAAACCUUGCAUGAGAGAAAUGAUGUCAUUUCUUAGUUGCUUGGCUUUAACUCAAGGCGAUGAUAAGAGAUGCAGCCGGCAGAAGUCUUUGUUGAGCGCGUGCAUGGAUGCUCAAACUACCAAUAAACGAAAGCCUUGGGGCAGCAUUAAUUAUCACCUUCAAAGGCUUAGCAGGGGGAAAAAGUAACGACGUUGGCUUCUUAUGCUUUCCUAGUGUUACUGUGUUCGUGCAAGAAUAGUAGAUCUACAAAUGGUGUCCUCAUGGAGAGUCCCUGGUAAUUUUUGUUUAAUGGAUUUUAGAGAUCUCUUAAAUUUUGUUUUUCCUUGAGCAUGUGCACCACUCGUCGGUUUCACUUUGAUCAGAUUGUUCACUAUGAAGAAAUAAGGAUAGUAUUUCUAUCCCUAUAAAACUACCUCUAUAAUGUACAAUCUCAAGCAUCCGUCAAA